AUGCAGAAUGAGAUGGAAGAGAAGUUUGAAGAUUGGAGUGGUAAAGAGGCAAUCGUCGGGAAACAUGGUGGGAUUAGAGCUGCUUCCAUUGCUUGUGUUGUGGAGAUGAUGGAGAAUAUGGUGUUCUUGACAUAUUCAACCAACUUCAUUACAUACUUUACGAAAUCAUUGCACUACUCAUCAGUCAAAGCAUCAAACAUGGUGACCAAUUUCACAGGAGCAUCGUUUUUGCUCACUAUCUUUGGUGGUUUUGUCGCCGACUCUUUUCUCACUCGCUUCACCGCUUUCGUCCUCUUCUGUUCCAUUGAACUUCUGGGUUUGAUCUUGUUGACCAUCCAAGCGCAUAACCCUAAACUUCAACCUGAGGGUGAUAAAGAUCACUGGUCUCUUCAGUCAGCGAUUCUGUUCACCGGUCUUUAUGCGGUAGCUACUGGUGUUGGAGGAGUCAAAGCCUCGUUGCCUGCUCACGGAGGCGACCAGCUCGAUACUCGGAAGGAGAGGCUUAUCUCAGGAUUCUUCAAUUGGUAUUUCUUCUCUAUCUGUCUUGGAGGUUUCUUGGCCGUCACGAUUAUGGUUUGGAUAGAAGAGAACAAAGGAUGGAGCUCAAGCUUCGAUAUCUCUACAGCGGUUUUAGCCUCUGCCCUCUUUAUCUUCGCCGUGGGGUUCCCGAUGUAUCGGUUCAAGACUCCAACAGGAAGCCCUCUGACCAGAAUGGUGAAUGUGUUUGUUUCUGCCGCAAGAAACCGAAAUAGGCUUGUAACGGAUGAUGAAGAGAUGACGCAGAGUCUUGUCUCUACCGACAAAAGCAUUCAUCACAACAAAUUCAAGUUUUUGAACAAAGCGAAGCUCAACAACAAGAUCACAGCAACAGAAGUUGAAGAGACAAGAACGUUUCUAGCUCUCCAACCAAUCUUUUUGAGCACUAUUGUAAUGAACUGUUGCUUAGCACAACUAUCGACCUUCUCCGUACAACAAGGCAUGAUGAUGAACAGAAGACUCAUGCACUCCUUCGAGGUUCCCGUCGCUUCCCUCCACGCCAUUGCUCUCAUAUCGAUGCUCUCUUCUAUAGCUUUCUACGAACUCUUUGGCAAAAGGAUCCCAUCAAGCAACAACAGCGAGCGAUCAUCGAGCUUUGUUUUGAAACGCAUAGGAGCUGGUCUAGCUCUUACCUCUGUUUCAAUGGUAAUCGCAGCGAUCGUAGAGGUCAAGAGAAAACAUGAAGCGGUUCACAACAACGUCAAAAUCUCUGUGUUCUGGUUAGAGAUUCAGUAUGUUUUGUUGAGUUUCUCGGAUAUGUUGACUCUUGGAGGAAUGUUAGAGUUCUUCUAUAAAGAAUCAACGUCGAGUAUGAAGAGCAUCAGCACGGCGUUGGGGUGGUGCUCCACCGCAUUAGGUUUCUUCCUCAGCACGGUUCUUGUGGAUGUUAUUAACGCGGUCACCGGAUGGCUCAACGGAAAAGAUGUCAACGAGUCUAGGCUCGAAUUGUUUUAUAUGGUCUUAUGCGUUCUCAACACUCUUAAUCUUUUUAAUUAUAUCUUCUGGGCGAAAAGAUAUUAA